UAGUUUUUAUGAGACAACAAAGUACAGACACUGAAAAACGCUAGCUACAAGGUACAUUGCCUUCUUGUUCUGACUUUGUAGACCCAACACUCCAUUGAUUCCAUUAACAAUCAUAGUAACCUUUCUUCUUAGUUCUCAUGGCUAAGCAAUCAUCCUCAUCUUCCUUUAGUUACAGAUUCAGCAACGAUGUGUUCCUCAGCUUCCGAGGGGAAGAUACUCGUCGCGGUUUUACUGGCAAUCUCUAUAAAGCUCUCUCUGACAGGGGAAUUCACACCUUCAUGGAUGACAAGAAGAUCCCUAGAGGGGACCAAAUCACCUCAGGACUUGAGAAGGCAAUUGAAGAGUCCAGAAUAUUCAUCAUCGUGCUCUCUGAAAACUAUGCAUCGUCCUCCUUCUGCUUAAACGAACUUGAUUACAUCCUUAAGUUUAUUAAGGGGAAGGGCAUAUUGAUUUUGCCAGUUUUUUAUAAGGUUGACCCUUCUGAUGUGAGAAACCACACUGGAAGUUUUGGAAAGGCGUUGACUAAUCAUGAAAAGAAGUUCAAAAGUACUAAUGACAUGGAGAAGCUGGAAACAUGGAAGAUGGCUCUGAACAAAGUGGCUAAUUUAUCUGGUUACCAUCAUUUCAAACAUGGGGAAGAAUACGAAUAUGAAUUUAUUCAGAGGAUUGUUGAGUUGGUCUCUAAGAAGAUUGAUCGUGCUCCUUUACAUGUUGCGGAUUAUCCAGUUGGACUAGAGUCACGAAUACAAGAAGUAAAAGCGCUUCUGGAUGUUGGAUCUGAUGAUGUUGUCCACAUGCUGGGUAUACAUGGGCUCGGUGGAGUAGGUAAAACGACACUUGCUGCUGCAGUUUAUAAUUCCAUUGCUGACCAUUUUGAAGCUUUGUGUUUCCUUCAAAACGUGAGAGAAACUUCAAAGAAACAUGGGUUACAACAUCUACAAAGAAACCUUCUUUCUGAAACGGCCGGAGAGGAUAAGUUAAUAGGUGUCAAACAAGGAAUUUCCAUAAUAGAGCAUAGGCUCCGGCAAAAGAAGGUUCUUUUGAUUCUAGAUGAUGUUGACAAAAGGGAACAGCUACAGGCGCUUGCUGGAAGACCUGAUUUGUUUGGUCCUGGCAGUAGAGUCAUCAUCACGACUCGGGACAAACAAUUGCUAGCAUGUCACGGUGUUGAAAGAACAUAUGAGGUGAAUGAAUUGAAUGAGGAAUAUGCUCUUGAGUUACUUAAUUGGAAAGCUUUCAAGUUGGAAAAAGUUGAUCCAUUUUACAAGGAUGUUUUGAAUCGAGCAGCAACUUAUGCUUCGGGCCUUCCAUUGGCUUUAGAAGUAAUAGGUUCCAACUUAUCCGGAAAAAAUAUAGAACAAUGGAUAUCUGCUUUAGAUCGAUACAAAAGAAUCCCUAAUAAAGAGAUCCAAGAGAUACUUAAAGUGAGUUAUGAUGCUUUGGAAGAAGAUGAGCAAAGUGUUUUUCUUGACAUUGCUUGUUGCUUCAAAAAAUAUGAUUUGGCAGAGAUCCAAGAUAUACUUCAUGCUCAUCAUGGCCAUUGCAUGAAACAUCAUAUUGGAGUGUUGGUUGAAAAAUCUCUCAUAAAGAUUAGUUUGAAUGGCUAUGUUACACUACAUGACUUGAUAGAGGACAUGGGUAAAGAAAUUGUUCGGAAAGAAUCUCCCCAAGAGCCUGGGAAACGUAGUAGGUUAUGGCUACCUACUGAUAUAGUUCAAGUUUUAGAAGAGAACAAGGGAACUAGUCAUAUUGGAAUCAUAUGCAUGAAUUUCUACUCCUCAUUUGAAGAAGUAGAAAUACAGUGGGAUGGAGAUGCCUUCAAAAAGAUGAAAAAUCUCAAGACACUUAUUAUCAGAAGUGGUCAUUUCUCCAAAGGUCCCAAACAUUUUCCUAAGAGUUUAAGAGUAUUGGAAUGGUGGAGAUAUCCUUCACAUUAUUUUCCAUAUGAUUUUCAAAUGGAGAAGCUUGCUAUAUUCAACUUACCCGACUGUGGGUUUACUUCACGUGAGUUGGCUGCCAUGUUAAAAAAGAAGUUUGUGAAUCUGACAAGUCUAAAUUUUGACUCAUGUCAACAUUUAACACAGAUACCUGAUGUAUCUUGUGUCCCACAUUUGCAAAAAUUGUCAUUUAAAGAUUGUGAUAAUUUAUAUGCCAUUCACCCGUCAGUAGGCUUCUUGGAAAAACUGAGAAUCUUGGACGCAGAAGGUUGCUCCAGGCUUAAGAAUUUCCCCCCAAUCAAAUUGACCUCUCUUGAGCAACUCAAACUUGGGUAUUGUCACAGCCUUGAGAAUUUUCCAGAAAUAUUAGGAAAGAUGGAAAACAUAACAGAACUUCACUUGGAACAAACUCCUGUAAAAAAAUUCACUCUUUCAUUUCGAAAUCUUACUCGGCUUCGAACUUUAUUUCUGUGUUUCCCUCGAAACCAGACAAACGGUUGUACUGGCAUUUUCCUUUCGAACAUUUGCCCGAUGCGAGAAAGCCCGGAACUGAUCAAUGUCAUAGGUGUGGGAUGGGAAGGGUGUCUAUUCCGUAAAGAGGAUGAGGGUGCAGAGAAUGUGAGCUUAACCACAUCUUCAAACGUUCAAUUUCUUGAUCUCAGAAACUGCAACCUGUCAGAUGAUUUUUUUCGAAUAGCUCUCCCAUGCUUUGCUAAUGUAAUGAGGUUAAACCUAUCAAGGAAUAAUUUCACAGUUAUUCCCGAAUGCAUCAAAGAAUGCCGCUUUUUAACAAUGCUUGACUUGAAUUAUUGUGAGCGACUUCGAGAAAUUAGAGGGAUUCCUCCAAACUUGAAAUAUUUCUAUGCAAAAGAAUGCCUAUCCUUGACUUCCUCAUGUAGAAGCAUGCUACUCAGUCAGGAACUGCAUGAGGCUGGAGGAACCUACUUUUUGCUGCCAAGAGCCAGGAUUCCAGAGUGGUUUGAGUUCCAAACAUCGGAAUUUCCAAUUUCUUUCUGGUUUCGUAACAAAUUCCCAGCCAUUGCUAUUUGUCAUGUUAUUGAACGGGUCGCUGAGUUUUCCUCAUCAAGAGGUUGGACAUAUAGACCCGACAUUAGAACCAAGGUGAUCAUCAAUGGCAAUGCAAAUUUGUUUUACUCUAUGGACUUGGGAAGUGAUUGUUCAGUUCUUUUUGAUCCGCGGGAUGAUAAAGUAACAGAUAAUUUAGAUGAAGCACUUUUAGAAAAUGAAUGGAACCAUGCAGAAGUUACAUGUCCAGGUUUUACUUUUACUUUUGCCCCAACCUUUAUAAAAACUGGACUACAUGUAUUGAAACAGGAAAGUAACAUGGAGGAUAUUCGAUUCUCUGAUCCUUGUAGAAAAACAAAAUUGGAGAAUCAUUUCAAUAGUUCAAAACCAGAAAAUCAAAGAUGGGUGGGCAAUGAUGUUGCCAAGACACAAGUUGUGCAGCAGCAACAACUUAUGGGCUCUUUUUUGUCACGCAUGUGGCACUGGGCACUAGUGUUUCUCAUUUCUUGCCGCCGCAACAAUCAAUGAUUGGAUAAUGUGCAAGAGGAUUCAAGUUCAAUGGAUUUGAUGCAGAUAAGAGAGAACACUUACUUGAAACUGAUUUAUGUUUUGUAGUCAAGUUUGAUUUUGGAUAUUUAACUUUUCUUUGGUUUCAAUGAAAAUAUAUUGUUCAUUAUUUUAUAUUUGAGUCUUUUCA